CCUAUGCCCGAAUUUACAUUUUAAUACAGAAGUAAAUACCACAGGGUGGUUUAUACAAUUAUGUAAAACGGGCUACUCUGUAGAUGAUUAAGAUUUUUCUACGUCAUUCUGAAACCUCUUACACCUUGGGUGGGAGGGGUGUUGAGGCCUAUAAGAACAGUAUUUGUGCUGAUCAUCACCUAAAAUACGGCAAGUAUAGUUAAUCUACAGCAAUGGACUCGAGAUUGAUUGUCUUGUGGAUGCUCCUGUCAUCCUCCUGCACUGGAAUCCAACUGGAGGGAAAUGGAUACACUGAUAUUGUGGUUGCAAUCAGUUCAGGAGUACCACAGGACAACGCACUCAUUGAAAGAAUAAAGGACAUGUUCACUGAAGGUUCGAUGCAUCUGUUUGAAGCAAUGGACAACAUGGUCUAUUUUAGAAAAGUUACAAUACUAGUUCCACCUCAUUGGAGCAGUAAGGAUUUUACCAAAGCCACAACAGAAUCCUACGAGAAGGCCGGCAUAAGAAUUGAUAAAGCUAAUCCAGGAUAUGGUGAUGCUCCGUACACAAAGCAGUAUGAAGAUUGUGGAUCGGAAAAUGAGUACAUUCACUUUACUCCAGACUUUUUCCUAAAUGAUGAUCACUUCUACGGUUCUAGAGGAAGGGUCUUGGUGCAUGAAUGGGCUCAUCUGAGAUGGGGGGUCUACGAUGAUUACAAUGAAGAAAAUCCAUUAAAUUUUUCUAAUGGAGUUCAGGCUACAAGAUGUAGCAAACACAUCGCGGGCCAGCAAUCAGAGGAGGUUGCAUUUUGCAGAGAAGAUGAGCACGAUGCUGCAGCCCCAAACCUACAAAAUGAGAAAUGUGGUAACAGAGCUACAUGGGCAGUGAUAUUUGAGGAUUCUGUGGACAGUGCUGCCCUUCAAUCUCUGCGACCGUUGCAAUCUGCUCCACCAGCACCAACUUUCACUGUUGUACAGAGAAUGAAGCGUGUCGUUUGUCUCAUCCUUGAUGUCUCAGGAAGCAUGGCGGGCGCUAGGAUUCUUCGACAGCGGCAAGCCGCCACACAUUUCCUGCAGUACAUCAUCGAAGAUCAAGCUUAUGUUGGAAUCGUAACCUUUAGCAGUGACGCUUACAUUCUUAAAAAAUUGACUCGUAUUGACAAUGAUACCACAAGAAAGGAGCUGAUCAAAUCAUUGCCAACCAUAGCAAGUGGAGGGACAUACAUCUGUAAAGGCCUCUUUAAAGGCUUAGAGGUACUUAGAGGGGACAAUUUGGAUGCAUUAGGAGAUGAAAUAAUUUUUCUCACUGAUGGUGAGGCGUCGGACGACCUCAAUACUUGUGUUCCAAGUGCAAUAAAAAGUGGUGCCAUUAUACACACAAUAGCUUUGGGUACAUCCGCUGCCCAGGCUCUGAGGCACAUGGCAGACAAGACUGGAGGGAAAUUUAUCAUAGCCACCGAUGAUUUAACCUCUAAUAUGUUAGUGGAUGCAUUUGCUUCACUUACAAUACCAACUGGAGACUACACAAAAGAACCAGUUCAGCUUGAGAGUAUUGGAAUAAGAACAGCUGGCUGGUUUAAUGGAACUGUAUCAGUGGAUCCGACUGUUGGUAACAAAACCAGCUUUUUAAUCAUAUAUGAAACCAGUUUACCUACUGGUUACAUACAGUCGCCAAGUGGGUACAUCUACAGUUUGGGAGAUUUGAUUUCAGAUAUAACAGCAAAGACAAUCACGCUAAAAAUUCCAGGAACUGCAGAGGCUGGUGACUGGAAGUACAGUAUUCUGAGUGGAAGAUCUCAGUCUUUGACUAUAACCUCAACCAGUCAAGCAGCACAUGCUGAUGUUCCUCCUAUCAUUGUCAAAGCCCAUGUCAGCCAGCAGUUUAGUGACGGCAGUAAACCCAUGAUUGUGUUUGCUGAAGUUAGUCAGAAUUACAGAUCUAUAGUUAAUGCUGAGGUGUGGGCCACACUGGAGCCUGAAACUGGGGCCCCAGAGAUAAUACAACUCCUGGAUAAUGGAGCAGGAGCUGACGCUUUCAAAGAUGACGGCAUCUAUUCCAGAUAUUUCACAAAGUUAGUGAAGGGUAGAAGCAGCUUGAAGGUGCGAGUGAGGAAUAAAGAUGGACAAGCCAGGUUUACUCUCCACAGGAAGAGUGGCGUGGUGAAUGAUAAAGUGAAGCUGAACCUGCCAAAGCUUCCAGUUAAUGAUCAACCACUUGUGGUAGGAAACUUUACCAGAACAGCCACUGGAGAAAGUUUUGAGGUGUCUUUCGUUUCAGGCACAAAACCACCAAAUUACCCCCCUAACAAAAUCACAGAUCUUAAAGCUGAAAUCAAGGAGGACACUGUACUUCUCAUCUGGACGGCUCCAGGGGAGGACCUUGACCUGGGAACAGCUAAAUCCUACGAGAUCAGAUGGAGCAAUGACCAUGAAAUGCUUCGUCUGAACUUCAGCGAUGCUUUUUUAGUCAACACAUCUGCAGUCUCACCUCAAGAGUCUGGAUCAGUUGAACAACAUUCAUUUAACAUGAUAAUCCAAAAUGGUGCGACCAUCUUCUUUGCUAUUCGGUCUGAAGACAAAGAUGCUGUGAAAUCUAAAAUAUCCAACAUUGUUCAUGCAACAAAGGUUCUGCCUGCUCCAGGCCUGAAUUUUAUCAUUAUUAUAAUUUUUGUUUGUGUGUCAACUAUAUCUGUAUGUUUUUGUGUAGUUGUAAAACGAAGACGUUAAUUCCCUAAAAAAAAUCACAAUUACUUAUUUAACAGAUUAUUUUGUCCAAAGUUAAUGCAAAAAAAGUUAAUGCAAACAAAUGCCAAAAACAGUAUAUAUAUAUAUAUAUAUAUAUAUAUGGAUUCAUCAGACGCACAUGAUACACGUCUGGAUCCGAACUUUACUUCCGGUUUCGUUUUUUUAAUGGUCUGACUAGUUGCUAAACUGAUCUCUUGAACAAAUGCUUCGUCGAAAAUACCAAAUGUUUCGGUUUCCUAUGUAAUCUAUGUGUUGUUUUUUUGCUUGUUAUAUAAAUAAACUACGUUUAAAGAACUUUGUUGUUAUUUAUUCUUAGCGGCGUUUACCGGAAGUUACGUGCGGACCGCGACAGCCGCUUGUUUAUGUUGUUACUGAUGAAACCGUCUAUACAGUGGGGAAAAUAAGUAUUUGACACAUCAGCAUUUUUAUCAGUAAGGGGAUUUCUAAGUGGGCUAUUGACACAAAAUUUCCACCAGAUGUAGCCAUCAAGCCAAAUAUUGAAUUCAUACAAAGAAAUCAGAACAUUUAAGUAUACAAGUUGAGUCAUAAUAAAUAAAGUGAAAUGACACAGUGAAUAAGUAUUGAACACACUUUAUUUAAUAAUUUGUAGAAAAACCUUUGUUGGUGAUUACAGCUUCUAGACGUCUCUUAUAUGGAGAGACCAGUCAUCUGCAUUGCUCAGGAGUGAUUUUGGCCGUUCUUCAACACAAAUGGUCUUUAAAUGUUGAAGGUUCCUUGAGCCUCUUUUAUGAACUUUGCUCUUCAGCUCUCUUUCUUUGUAUGAAUUCAAUAUUUGGCUUGAUGGCUACAUCUGGUGGACAUUUUGUGUCAAUAGCCCACUUACUGAUAAAAAUAAUAAUGUGUCAAAUACGUAUUUCCCAUUUUAACAAUAUUAUACAGAUUUUAAAAAUCUUGCUGAAACUUUACAAUGCAUCAAGUAUUGUUUAUAAACAUUAGUUAGGGCAACAUGAACUAACAGUAACAUCAUGGUUUUAAAUAGCCUAUAGGUUUUUAACCUUUGUUUAUCUUAGUAAAUUGAAAUAUAUUUGUUCAUUAUUCAUGUUUGG